UACGAUUUAUAAAAUCGCAGCGAAACAAAAGAGCGUACGACCACCUUAAGAUUUACCGUACGACUGUAUUAUCAAACACGUCGUACGAACUUGACAAGUUACGAAUCGUAAGGAAAUAACGCAUGCGCACUAAGUCAUCGCUUAACUCUUCACGAUGAAGGUAUUACGCGAGUAACUGUCAUAACAACCAGACGAACAUAGUUGACAAUGGCAGAAAAGAAAAGGAAAAUCAACUGGACAGAAGAAGAAAGAGAGAUUUUAAUAAAACAGUGCACCAGCGAAACUGGCCGGAAGAUCAACCUAAAAUUUAGCAACGAAAUAUCGGCAAAAGAUAAAGCCAUUUUCUGGGAAAAGACAGCAGAAAGGAUUAACAGCAUAUCAAUGUGUCAGCGCACUGCUGAUGAAGUGAAAAAGAAAUGGAUUGACACAAAGUCUAGUGCAAAGAAGAAGGCACAAUCUAUGAAAAAAGAGCUGGGCAGAACAGGCGGUGGGCCCUAUCCAGGUGGUCUGACAAACCUGGAAGAGAAGGUUGUAACAGUUAUCCCGAAGUGUUCAAUAGAUGGAAUAGUGAAUGCUAUUGAUAUAUUUGCUGAUGCUCAAGAAGGAGAUGUUCCAUCAAUAUCUAACAGUAUUAGUGAACCAGUCCAAGGGGCAUCAUGCCCAGCAAGAGAAGUAUCCAAUGAGCCAGAAACAGAAAGAAAAGCAUCAGUGUCUGAAAAAAUAAAGAAAAGACAGAAAAUGGAAGAUGUAUCAGCAAGCAGUCAACGGGACAUGAUCGUCAAACUUGAAGAAGAAAAAGUUUUCCUACUCAAAGAACUGAUCUGUGCACAUCGUGAACAGACUGCGCACUUGCAACAGCUAACAGCAUCUGUUAACAAGCUGACUGAUGCCAUGAUCAGCAACAAUGUUAUGUCAAGUUUUUUUAACUGAUAUUUUAUUAUAAAUUAAAGCUGCCUAAAAGAUUGUUACAACAGAUGCCUCUUAGCUGUUGCAAGUGCCCAAGUGCAUAUACACAAUGUUAUAUGCCAAAUAGUUAAGCUCUAGGCCUUGUGGCACAAUGUGCACAGGUUUGAUACAAAAUAAUUUUCAUUAAUAAUGAGUUGUUGUUAGUAGAAAAACAAACACAUACAUAAUUAUGGUUUAAAGUUAUAUAUUUGCUGGCAUAAUACUUUUAAAUAAAAAAAUGGCAACUCUU